AUGAGCGUGGAUGCAUUGGGAAGCCCCGUGAUGGACCCUACGUUUUCCAAACGGAACACGGCGCUGAGAUUAGUUGACUUGGCAGGGGCUCACCACCAUCACCAUCAUCACCACCAUACCCCUCAGAGCGUGACAGGCUUCCCGGGGUUCAGCAGCCAUCCACACUCAAUGGCUCACUCGCACCCUGGGGAGAUUACUGCGGAACCCCGCCUGGGGCCGAGUCCAUUCGGGCCAGAACACAUGGGGCACUCCGCGGCCCUCAAAAUCAGCCCAGCCCAUCAUUAUCCCCACCACCAUCACCACCACCACAAUCAUCAUAUGGCAGGCCACAGUGAAGUGGUCUCCAGUCAAACGGGAGCUUUUGGCCCGGUUCAGGCGACAUCGGUCCCCUAUUCUAUGUCUCACACGGCCCAGGCUUUAUCUGCAGGUAGGGAUUUCCUCAUCCGGAGAGAUCUGACAGCUCAAGCCAUGCCAGUACUGACUGACCAGACUGCUGGUUCAGCCUCUCACCACGGAAUGUUUGUCUCAACAACAGGUAGCUAUCCCGGACACUAUGGUCAUCACCCUGACGCUGGGAACCAUACCCUCUUCUCCGGACUCCACCACGAGCAGCCUUCUAGCGGAUCACCGGGUGGCCAAACACUGAAUGGACAAAUAAGGUUAGGACUACCUGGAGAAAUGUAUGUUAGGUCUGAUCACUUGAGUCAAGUGGCAGGCUCCAGGGCUGAUCCGUUCUCUGCCUCGCCUUUGCAUGGCUACGGUGGUCUGAAUCUGAACAUGAAUCUUAGCGCUCACCACCACCACGGAGCCGGUGCCUUUUUCCGCUACAUGAGGCAGCCGAUAAAGCAAGAGCUGAUUUGCAAGUGGCUGGAGCCGGAGCACUCGCCGAAGAAACUUUGCUCCAAAACUUACAGCACCAUGCACGAACUCGUAACGCAUGUGACGGUAGAGCACGUUGGAGGACCAGAGCAAGCGAACCAUAUAUGUUUUUGGGAAGAGUGUCCCAGGGAAGGCAAACCGUUUAAAGCAAAAUACAAACUUGUAAAUCACAUUCGAGUGCACACCGGGGAGAAACCGUUUCCGUGUCCGUUCCCUGGUUGUGGGAAAGUGUUCGCAAGAUCCGAAAAUCUAAAGAUUCACAAAAGGACGCACACAGGUGAGAAACCCUUCAAAUGUGAAUUUGACGGCUGCGACAGACGCUUCGCCAACAGCAGUGACCGGAAAAAGCACUCGCACGUCCACACCAGCGAUAAGCCCUACAACUGCAAAGUGAGAGGCUGCGAUAAGUCCUACACACACCCCAGCUCCCUGAGGAAACACAUGAAGGUGCACUGCAAGUCCCCUCCGCCUAGUUCGGGCUAUGAGUCGUCCACUCCCUCCCUGGUCUCCCCUUCCUCAGACUUGGGCCGGGAACCAGGCGGCUCCUCGGUGUUGUCAGAGCCGGUGGGAGCCUCCCAGCCCGCGAAUUUAAGCGAAUGGUACGUCUGCCACAGCUCAGGUGCCAGCGGCGCCCAAACACCACCCAGCGGGCACUCUACACCCGACCCCGCAGACGAACCACCUUACAGAAACCCAGAACCGAGGGACGCUUUUUAA